GAAAAUAGAAGACAGAUCGCGCAUGCGUCUCGGCGGUUGUUAUUGACUACAGUGUGUUUGUUAGCAUUGUUCUUUGCGCCUUUUCGUGUUUUUAAAUGAAUUCAUCCUAUAAUGGUGUUUACCUGCGUCGUUCAGGGCUGCGGGAAAAGACCUGAGCCGUACGUGAGAAGCCUGCAUGGAUUCCCUAAUAACCUGGAGACGAUAAAAGCCUGGAGUAAGUUCGUGAAGAGGACCAAACCGUAUUGGAAUGGCAACACUCCUUCAUCGAGGAUCUGUAGCGAGCAUUUCCAGCCAACAUGUUAUAAAAACCACAUGGCCUGGUCGAUGGGAUGUGUUAGGACGCUGGAUCUGAUAGAUGACUUUCAGGUGCCAACGAUUUAUCCUGCUGUGGCUGAGAAAAAUGCUUCAUCGCUCACCAAGGAUGAUCUCAAAGCAGGCAUACAUAUACAGACCCAUCAAAAGGCACCAGGUAGUUCCACCAUGCUUGCACCAGCGGAAAUAAAACAGGAGGAGGAAACGCACUGCUCUGGAACCACAGAGACACCUCCUAUUCAGGACUGUCAUGUAAAGGCCGAGCACCAGGUGAUGUACUUUGUAAGACAUGUGGCGACCCAGACCGACCCUCCGUCCAUUUCCACAAACACACGGUCAGUCGGCACCCAGCUGACCAGGUUAUCCCGAAGUACAGGUUCACAGGUGAAAAUGGGUCGAGAUUAUGGUGUCUGCACAGUUCCCUUAAAAACUCCCCGGCUGCUCUUACAACCAACAUUGGUUAAAAGACCAUCCAAGAGACUUCGACUUGCCCUGGAAUGUGAGGAGGAAGCUUCCUCAGGAGGCAUCGCAUCUACAGCAGUUCAGGUCAAAACCAGUUCAACGUAAACCUGUGGACCGUUUCGGUGCAGCAGUCAUGCCUCUUGGACCAGAGAACAUAAAAGCACGUGUCCAUGUAGCUUUUGUCGUUGGUGCGGGGAAAAAGUUUAUCCGCCACCUUGUCAUUAAGUUAAUAAAUGUGAUGCACUUGCUUUAUGCUACAACUGAAAACUGUGCAAUGCUUGCUGGGGUGGAACGUUCUGUUCUAUCUCAAUAGCUCUUAGAAACUGGCCAUGUGAAAUGGACAAAAGCUGCUAGAACCUCACUUUUUUUGGGAUUUUCUUCUGAUAUCAGAUUGUUUGGAAACAAUCUGUAGCGACAUCAUUAGCCCUCUUUUUGUUGAGAGCAACUCCACAGAUAUUGCUGCUUAAUGGAAUAAUAAAAUAUAUCAAUGAAUGGCUCAAUUUAGAAUGUUUUGUGCAAAUAGAAACCUUACAGUUGAAACCAUAAGUUUGCAUACAGCUUUUCUUUUCUUUUUUUUUUUUAAUAAAACGUGAUUUCUAAUCCAUAACACUAGCUGGGUUUUCCUUCAUUGUUUAAAGAGAUCAUUCUGAUAAUAAAUGUGACACACUUGUUUUUGCUAUUGUGGCAUUCAUGCAGUGUAAGUUUAGGCUUAUUAAAUUAUUUCAGAUUUCAUUUGUCGUUAGAAAUGUAUUUAGAGCAUUUCUAAUCACUGUUUGUCUUCCCAAUGAUAUUACUUUUUCUCCUGCCUUGAGCAGGAGAUGAACGCAUCAUAGUGACGAGGGACAGCAGUGCUGUACUUAUCCUCCAAUCCAGUUGGUGGCGGUAAUGAAGAGAAAGUACACAAACCUCGCAUGUCUCAUUGAUCGGAGUGUUUACUGGGAUUCUUCCCCUUUGUUUUUCUCUCAAUUCGCGUGUUUUUAAGUGAUUUAUUCCUUCAAUGGUGUGUAUCUGCGUCGUUCAGGGCUGCGGGAAACGACCUGAGCCGUACGUGAGAAACCUGCACGGAUUCCCGAAUAACUUGGAGACGAUGAAAGCCUGGAAUGAGUUCGUGAGGAGGACCAGACCGACUUGGAAUGGCAACACUCCUUCAUCGAGGAUCUGUAGCGAGCAUUUCCAGCCAGACUGUUAUACAAACCACAUGGCCUGGUCGAUGAAAUGGGUUAGGAAGCUGGAUCUGAUAGAUGACUUUCAGGUCCCAACAAUAUAUCCUGUAGUGGUUAAGAAAAGUCCUGUGUUACUUGCCAAGGAUGACUGCAAAACGGGCAGAAAGGUCAGCCCGACCCCACCGGGCAGUUCCACCAUGCUUGCAUCAGUAGAAAUAAAAAAAGAGGAGGAGGAUGAAUCAUACUGUUCAGGAGCCACAAUGACACCUCUUAUUCAGGACUGUCAUGAAAAGACAGAGUACCAGGUGAUGUACUUUGUACGACAUGUGGCGUCCCAGACCAACGCUCCGUCCAUUUCCACAAACACACGAUCAGUCGGCACACAGCUGACCAGGAUACCACGACAAAUUAAAGUUCAAACUACAGGCUCACAGGUGAUGUUUAAUAGUCAACAUCGUAUUAUCUGCACAGACCCCUUAAAGUCACCACGGCUGCUCCUACAUCCAACUCUGGUAAAAAGACGAUCCAAGAGACUUCAACUUGGACUGGAAUAUGAGGAGGAAGCUGCUCAGGACAAGACCAGUUCAACAUGAACCUGUGGACCGUUCUGGUGCAGCAGACAUACCUCUUGGACCAGAGAACAAAAAAAGCAGAUGUCCAUGUAGCUUUUGUCUUUGGUGCGGGGAAAAUAUUUAUCGAGCACCUUGUCAAAUGACAUAAAACUAAGUUUAUGCCACCGCUAGAGGCAAUGCAAUGCUUGCUGGGAUAGAAAGCUCAGUUCCACAUCAAUAUCUCUUAGCAAUCUGCAUUACGCUAUAUGUUUGCGGCCUAAUUUUACUACGAUAUUACAUUAAUAGGAAAAAAGAAAGACUAUGCAUCCAUCCAUUAAUUAAAUCCGCUUGUCCUCAUUGUCCAUUAGAGACAGGCUUUCUCUAGUGGUUAUUGACAGAGAGUCAGGCUACACCCUUGACAGGAAGAUAAAAUAAAACUAGGUGUUGCACUGAACAUUUUCCAUUCAAGAAUAUUGCCAGUAAAAAUCUAAUUCUGAAAAUCUUUUCAAGUAUAUUGAGCUUAAUUUAACUUUACAUGCUACCCU